GCCUACCUCCUGAAAUGUGAUGCUCUGGCAUAAAAGCACAAAGAAAUAAAGUUUCCCGUUAGUUUGCCAGAAGUAGAAGUUGGCUGAACGCAACGAGAGAAGUCUCGCAGAAAACUCGUCUACGGUUUCAUCUCUACAUCCAUCAUGAAGACCUCGGCUUUAGGAGUUUUUACCGUAGCUCUGCUGGCAUUCACACAGAUUGCAAUCACAGAUUCGACCACCACAGCCGUCAACCCAACAACCAAGACGACACCUGAAGUUCCGGCCGUCAACUCAACAACCAAGACGACACCUGAAGCUCCGGCCGUCAACCCAACAACCAAGACGACACCUGAAGUUCCGGCCGUCAACUCAACAACAAAGACGACACCUGAAGCUCCGGCCGUCAACCCAACAACCAAGACGACACCUGAAGUUUCGGCCGUCAACUCAACAACCAAGACGACACCUGAAGCUCCGGCCGUCAACCCAACAACCAAGACGACACCUGAAGCUCCGGCCGUCAACCCAACAACCAAGACGACACCCGAAGUUCCGGCCGUCAACUCAACAACCAAGAUGACACCUGAAGCUCCGGCCGUCAACCCAACAACCAAGACUACACCUGAAGCUCCGGCCAUCAACCCAACAACCAAGACGACACCUGAAGCUCCAGCCGUCAACCCAACAACCAAGACGACACCUGAAGCUCCGGCCAUCAACCCAACAACCAAGACGACACCUGAAGCUCCGGCCGUCAACCCAACAACCAAGACGACACCUGAAGCUACGACUGUCAAACUGAUGACCAAGACUACAGCCAAAGCUACAACCAUUAACCCAGCUACUGAAAAUCCAGCCGAAGCUACGACUGUCAAAGCAACAACUGAUCCUACAACCGACGCCACAACCGACGCCACAACCGUCAACCCAACCAGCAAUGUAACUGUCAACGCAACCACUGUCAACCCAACCAGCAACAUAACUGUCAACGCAACCACUGUAGCUAUGACUUUGACUACAGAAAGCGGCGUCUCGGUGGUGAGAGCCUCGGCGUUCUUUCCUGUGGUGCUGUUGUUGUUCCACCUGCUCUGCCAGUGAGAACCAAAAAGUCACCUCAAGGACUAAUAAAAAACUCUUGUUCUUUGACGCUUCUCUUUUAGCAUCCGUGAAGCUUCAGUCAACCGAAUGAAGAUGAAUAUCAAUGAAGGGAAAAUUGUAACUCUGUAUCCGAAAUUCUAACUGUAGCAUUGAACUUGUUGAAUAUCCUCGUCAAGAAACAGAUUUGAACUAAAAAAAAAAAAAAAGCAACUACAACUUGAGCUGAUUAAAGUCUGAAGGCUGUCUCAGCUGAUGAAGACUAAAAUCUGAGACUGUUCUACGGUUUGGAUCCUUUUUGAGUUGUUGAUUCAUCACAUCUGAGGAUGUUAUGUACAUUCAUGAACAAACGUUUACUUUCUUAUAUGUUUUAUCCAGCUA